AUGGUGACCGCCGAGUCUUCCAGCGCUGCCGCGCGCAACGGCCUGAAGGCCCAACCCAACGGCACCGCCGCCGGCUACGAACUGCCAUGGGUUGAGAAAUACCGUCCGCUCAUCUUAGACGACAUCGUAGGCAACACCGAGACAAUCGAGCGCCUCAAAAUCAUUGCCAAAGAUGGAAACAUGCCGCACGUUAUCAUCUCGGGCAUGCCUGGCAUUGGAAAGACCACGUCGAUAUUGUGCCUGGCCCGCCAGCUGCUUGGAGAUGCAUACAAAGAAGCUGUCCUGGAGCUCAACGCCAGCGAUGAGCGAGGCAUUGAUGUUGUGAGAAACCGUAUCAAGGGUUUUGCGCAGAAGAAGGUCACGCUCCCCGCAGGCCGACAGAAAAUUGUCAUCCUGGAUGAGGCAGACAGUAUGACGUCGGGUGCUCAGCAAGCCUUACGGCGAACCAUGGAAAUAUACUCGUCGACGACUCGGUUCGCCUUCGCGUGCAACCAAUCGAACAAGAUCAUCGAGCCGCUUCAGUCCCGUUGCGCCAUUUUGCGGUAUUCCCGGUUGACGGACGCGCAACUCGUAAAGCGGCUGAUGCAGAUCUGCGAGGCGGAGAAGGUCGAGUAUUCCGAAGACGGUCUUGCCGCUCUUGUGUUUUCGGCCGAGGGAGACAUGCGUCAGGCAAUCAACAACCUGCAGAGCACGCAUGCGGGCUUCGGCUUCGUCAACGGUGACAAUGUCUUCAAAGUGGUUGACAGCCCGCAUCCCAUCAAGGUCCAAGCAAUGAUCAAGGCUUGCCAUGAGCAGAACGUCGAUGUCGCUCUCGACAGCCUCCGCGAGCUCUGGGAGCUCGGAUAUUCUUGCCACGACAUCAUCAGCACCAUGUUCAAGGUCACCAAAACGAUUCCUAGCCUGUCUGAGCACGCCAAGCUUGAGUUCAUCAAGGAAAUCGGCUUCACACACAUGCGCAUCCUCGAAGGCGUGCAAACCUUCCUGCAGUUGUCUGGAUGCGUUGCACGGCUGUGUAAGAUUAACAUGAAGCCCAGCCUGUUCGCAAUCCCGAAGUCAAAGUCGUGA